AUGUACAAACUAACAGUGACGAUAUUUUUCUACUUGAUCAUUCAACAAACGAAAGUUUACGUCCAUGGAGAAAACCAACUCGUAAAUUUGUUUACGAGUUGUGAUCAAUCCAAUUCAAACGAAAAUAUUUAUGAUUUUUCAUCUUAUGACAUUCAAGAUGAGACAAAAAUAAAUCCAAUUUCAUUUGAAAAAUAUCGAGGAAAAGUGUUACUAAUUAUUAUCACAGCCACAUAUUGUCAAUACACUCGUCAGUAUCCGUAUUUAAACCAAUUGAAAGCACAUUAUCGAUCAAACAAUUUUGAAAUACUCGCAUUUCCUUGCAAUCAGUUCGGUUUACAAGAGCCUGGCGUAACUGGCGAAGAAAUUCUCAAUGGUAUUCGAUUUGUUCGACCUGGAGGUAAUUAUAUGUCAAACUUCCCAAUGUUUGAAAAAUCAGACGUCAACGGUUACGACGAACGGCCACUAUUUACCUAUUUAAAAAGUCGUUGUCCAUCACCGGUUGAUGAAUUUCAUCCAUGGCCAAAUAUAACUUAUAGGCCCAUAAGAUCAAACGAUUUGAGAUGGAAUUUUGAGAAGUUUCUAAUUAGUCCGAAUGGUUUUCCGAUGAAGCGAUUUGCAUCAAAAGUGACUCCGAUGGAGCUCAUACCACAUAUUGAUGAAGCGAUGGCGAGAUCAACAGACAAAGUAUCAUUAGCUCAUCAAUUGAACGAAUUACUCUUUGUUGAGGAGAAUUUCUGA